UAGUUUCAUUAGUUCAUUCUGUACUAUAGUGGAAGUUAUUUUAUUUAAUUCAUUGUUUAUGUCAUGUUUUUAAAGUGCUUCAAACUUAGACUUCUCACCUAAAAUACAGACCUGAUUCUCACAGUCUUUAUGAUAGUAUUACUCAGAAUAAUUUAAAAAAUAAAUUUAGGAAUAAUGAAGAGUAGGUACUAUCUAGAAGAACUUGCAAGUGCUUGCAUCCUUUCACAAAGCAACUCAGUGACUUCAGUCACUUACUGUUUCCUUCUGUAUCUGCGGAGAUAAUGUUGAUUCCAGUAAAUUUGCUGGUUGGAACUCUGGGAAUAUGGGCUCAACCAGGCACAACUGUCAUGUUGGAAUUUAGGCAGUUACGGAAAUGGCUAUUUCAUUCAGAACCUCAGUAAUUGUGUCUUUUCAAUAAGGUAGUAACUUAAAACUCAUUUCUCUUAGGAUACAUCUGUAGACAGUCCUUACUUUUCUACAGAUUUCAUAUUAGCUUAAUGAAAUAUUAAAACAGUUGUAAAACUAGAUGACUUAUAUGCUGUGUGAAGCUUCAUUUUCUUUCUUUUGGAAAAAUAGUAAAAAUGGUUAGAGAAAACAUUAGUCUUCAGAAUACAUAUUUUAAAGGAUCAGUAAGUGAGUUAGUUUUAAGAAAUACUGGGUUGACUUCUGAAAGUCACAUUCCCUCACAGAAGUGUCUUGUGGUUACAUGUUGCUAGCUACAAAACUUGAUUUUCAGAAGUCAGUCCAAUAUUUUUAAAACUUUAAGUUCUACAGGUGGCAAGGUGUAUUAACAAGGGAACAUACAAGGAAACUUAAAAAUGGUAACUGGACUGGAAAGGAAUAUUGUACUGUGCAUCGAUCUGUUCAUACUCUUAAUUUUGUAGGGAUUGCUUAGCAGUGGGCUAGCUGUAAUGGAGUGAGAUUAAGAAAGAAGUACAGUGGUCAGCCAAAGAAGCUUUCUACCCAUGCAAUGUGUAAAGUUCUUGCAGUGAUUCCUGUGAAAGUCAGAGAAGCAAUAGCUCAGGAAAAAAACUUAGACUGGGCUGGAUGAACAAUGCUUCACAUUCAUAUUUUACCUCUCAGUAUCUUGGCCUGAUUUACAAAUACUAGGCCCAUCAAGUACUGUAGGCAUAUCUCAGACUUGUUACCAGCCUCUGGAAAAGAAAAUGGCAAGGGAGCAUGGGCAGAGAUGGAAGUGCAAAAAAGACAACUGGCAGCUAUGGAAGUUUGUGUUUUGACUCCAUCACCAAAUAGAAGUGAUUUUUUUUUUUUUUCCAUUUAAAGGAGGUAUUCAGCAUCAGUGUUGCAUAUGAAAAACACAGUGCAACUUGUUAAAAUUUAAAGUAUUCCUUGAAUAGUGAGUGGUUCUUUGGGGAAUUUGUGAUUGCUUGUAAAUAUUUUUGGAAAGGUAAUAUUCAGACCUUUUUUGAUUUGACUGGCCUUACUUAUGGGGUAAAACGAGGUGAAAUUUUAAGAGAGCUUAUGUGUGAGGAAACUGGGUUGUUGUUAAGCUAAGAUGGUAAUGAUUUUUAUAUCUUCUUGUUACAGAUAAGUUAGUGUUACAUUUCUUGUGAUUUCAGACAUCAUCUUUCUCUGUAAUGCAUCUGCAUAUUUAGGGAUGACUUGUGUUAAAAGUGGAAGAAUAUCAUUAAAGUAUAUAGACAAAUUUUAUUUUACCUUAUCCUAAGUGCAUGUGUAAGCAUCAGUGUUUCUCUCCUCCAGUUUAAACUGAUCUUUGCAAAAUGGAUAAAGUUUCAAAUUGCCACUGCAAAGAAGAGUAAAGGUUGUUUCUGUGAUUUCCCUGAGAAAUUCUAUAUGUUAACUUUAAAAAAUUUUUUUAAUCACUUGAAUUUCAUUGAUUUCAUCUCUGUCUUGCAGUGAGAUACUGUUCUUGUAAGUAUUUUUUCCCCUUAAGGUUUUGAUACAUGUCCUCAACUUUAAUAGUAGUUCAAACAUACUUCGUUCAGAAAAGCUGAAAGUCCUAUUCCCUUGUUAAUAGACUACUGUACUGCUGUAGUUGCACCAUUUGUAAAGUGGGUGCAAUAUACUAACCUUUUUUCAGAAACCUCUGAAAAGUUAUAUAUAAUGUUGCUUUCUCUGUCUAGAAUGAAUUGGUGACUUUAGUAACCUUUUAUUAUUUUGUCUUCAAAUUGGUAAAUAAAUCUGUUUUUCUGGUUUCAGUGUGAACUUGCCCUGGAAAUGUCUGGGCUAGAGUUUAACUCUUCUCCGUAAGAGGUAGUGCUGAUAUGUGUUAUCCCCAAGCUUUGGAUUAUUCUUAUCCAGGGUUUUGGUUUAGACCCAUCUUUAGUCUCUAUCAAUCCUAAACAAUGACAAUAAUAAUUUUUUUUUCUUUUUGUUCUUGGGUAAUUUCCAGAAAUGGAGUGAAACUUUUCCUCUAAAGCACGCACCAGAAAUCAUUGUUUAGUUUGGGUUUUUUCAGCAGUUUACAAAUCUGGGGGUAAUGUAGAGAUGUUAUUCUAAUCUAAACCCUGGACAUUCCUUGGAAAAAGAAACCCACAUGAUUUGAUUAGACUUCUCACUUCUCUGCCAGUGCACAGAGACUAGCAGUGUGCUGGAAAGAGGCAUUUCCCAGGGUGAGAGCGACUGAUUUGUACUAGCUCACUGCGUUCAUUCACCAUGGAAGUGUUCCAGCAUCAGCUACUCACUCUUGUUGGGGGUGUUAUCUGUUUCUGUACUCUGGUAAAAUGCAUCAGAUUUAUGAAAUAUAUUUUCCCCCAUAUCUGGAGUGCUUUGCCUCAGACUUUCUUUCGAUCGCUGGGAGAAUGGGCAGUGGUCACAGGAGCAGGAGAUGGGCUUGGAAAAGCGUAUUCCUUUGAGCUGGCAAAACGUGGAUUAAAUAUAGUUAUGAUAAGCAGAACUCUUGAAAAACUGCAGAGAGUAGCCUCUGAAGUUGAGCAGGCCACAGGUCAAAAGGUGAAGGUUAUCCAAGCUGAUUUCACUAAAAAUUCAGUAUAUGAGAAUAUUGAAAAAAGUCUGCAAGGCUUGGAUAUUGGUGUUCUGGUUAACAAUGUUGGAAUGCUUCAUAAUCUUCUUCCAUGCCGUUUCCUUAAUGGACCAGACAUAGAUGAGAACCUUGUCAACUGCAACAUUAUUUCUACUACAAAGAUGACAAAAAUCAUUUUGAAACAAAUGGAGACAAGACAGAAAGGUCUUAUUCUGAAUCUGUCCUCUGGUCUGGGUACUUUCCCUUGCCCGUUAUACACAAUGUACUCAGCUUCUAAGGCUUUUAUAAGCACUUUCUCCAAAGCACUACAAGCAGAGUAUAAGGCAAAGGGAAUUAUCAUACAGGUAGUGGCUCCUUACAGUGUUUCUACACCGAUGACGAUGUACCAAAAACCCGGGCUUAUUACAAAGACAGCAGAAAAGUUUGUUAGUGAAUCACUGGAUUAUGUCACCUUUGGAGAUGAGAUUUUUGGAUGUUUAGCUCAUGAAAUGCUGGCAUGCGUCCUGCAGUUUGUCCCUUUAUGGGUGUUCCACAGUGACAGAAUUCAAGAAGCAGUCCUGCAUGCAUUUACCAGUUACCUGAAGAAGAGGUGGAGGAACCCCUAACAGAGUCAUUUUUUUUCAGAAGACGUGCAAUGUGAAACCGCAGCAGAAUGCAUUUUAUUAUGUCUGUGUGUGUAUGAAUGUGGAAGGAAUCAAAUGAGUUUGAGCCAUAGCUCCAUCCAAAUCACCUAUCAAGUGAUAAAUGUUUUGAUCCAAUUAAUCUAUUAAGUAAAUUCCUUCCUGUCCCUUUCCAAAGACCAUAAAAUUUGCUAGAGAUGUUCCAAUGACUUCUGUAGGCUUCAGAUUGGUUCUAGGAAAUUUAUGUUACUAUUUUAACAUAAGCUUGGAGGCCACAAUAUUUACACUUAUUUGAUGUUCACAAAUAAAAUAAUUUGCUUUAAUUCCAAA